AUGACAGCUCCGUUCAGUUUCAUAGAUAUUAGAGUUGUGGUGUGGCCUGUGGCCUUUGGCCGGUGUCCUGUGUCCUGUGGCCUGUGUCCUGUGGCUGCGGGGGAGAAGGAAAAGCGCGACCUCGACCGCAGCCGCGACAAGGAACGUGACAGGGACAGGGAUCACAGCAAGAGCCACCAUCGCACCAAAGAGAUUAAGCAGAGCCACAGGGAUAAGGAUAAGGACAAGGAUCGGGAGCGAGAACGUGAGCGUGAGCGAGAUCGGGACAAGGACAAGGACAAGGACCGCGAUCGCCAUGGUAAUCGCGAUCGCGAACGUGAAAGAGGAGACCACCGCCGUGAAAAUAUCAGCGGACGGCAUCAGCACCACAGCAAGGAUCAGCGCCACAGCGAGAACUCACGCUCACACAUCUCAUCCACAUCCGCGUCUGCCAACGCAGCCGCGCACAAAUCUCAGCGUCGCUCCUAUGACGAGCGCAGUCGACGGCGCCGCGGCUCGCGUUCCAGAUCCCGCACGCCGACAGGCACAUCGCCCACUCGCCGCCGCCAUCAUCAGCCAUCAGGAACUGCUGGGACAGGCAAAGGGAAAGGCAUAAGGCACUCAGCAUCAUCGUCACGCAAGUACCGGGCACGCGACUCGAGGAGCCGCUCCGGGUCGCCGCUGGAGCAUGAGAAGAAGCCAAGCGGCGAGAAGCUGCUGUCCCGUGCUGGCAAUCAAGGGGCAGCGAGUGCAGGCAGUGCCUCUGGAACUGGACUGAUGCUCCCCAAGCCGCUUUCCGGGCCGCCCUCAGCAGCCGCUUUGGCAGCUAUGAAAGCUAUGGCCGCCAUUCAGGGCGGAACAGGAGGCGGGGGACUGCUGCCCACGCCCAACUACUCAACAAAUACUAUACCCUCACUGAUGUCCCUGGCCGUGCCGCCAGUGACCAACGCCCCCAUCAGGCCAUUGGGUAUGCCCCCAAUAUUGACCAUGCCGCCCAUCCAGGCGAUGUCGCCCGCGAAGCCCAUCCAGCUGCCCAGCUACUACAAUCCGGGCAUCAUCAAUGCCAAUCGGUACGCGGAGCAGCAGCAGAAGCGCAAGUUGCUGUGGGGCUCCAAGAAGAGCGAUCCUCCGGCCAACAAGUGGGGCAACGCGCACUUCUCCCAGGACUCGGACGGAAAGGUGGCUUCCAAGUUUAUGCGUCUGAUGGGCAUCAAGAAUGCCGCCGGCGGUGCCGGCAUAAGCAGUGCAGAUGACGGAGCGGACGGGCGGGAACACAUCGACCCGGGAGAUGCCAGCAAUGGCAGCUCUGUGGGAGCAGCUGGCGAGGAUGCUGGUACUGGCGAAGCGACAGUAGCGGCGGCGGCGGCCGCUGCUGCAGGGGGCCCAGGAGCAGGGGUGCCCGCCGAUGUGGAACAGCGCCAGCGCAUGUUUUCCAACAUGGAGCAGCAGUACGAGAUGGCGCGUGCGGCCACACACACUAUGCGAGGCGUCGGCCUGGGCUUUGGCUCCCAGCCGCGCACCUUCUAG